UGCUCCCCCUCCUCAUCCUACUCCUCCUCCUCCUCUUCCUCAGCAGCUACUGCAGCAGCAGCCCGGUGCCUCCCGGAUGGAUACAUGAAGAAAUCCCCACCGCACGGCCACCAUCCCCGCCACAAUGGGCCGCAAGCCUUUCACUGCGUUGUCGUGUUGAUAUCGAGAUAUUUCAGUUAUCAAAUAUGAAUCAUGCAUUUGAUAUUUCUGGCCACUUUGCUCGUCGGCAUCCUUUCGCCCUGGCUUCAUCCAUCACUAGCGUCAUCCGUUUCUCCUGGAGUGGAGGACAAGGUUGAUCUGGAUGCAGUGGCAGCGCUGCUGAAGCAACAGGCAACUGCAGCACCUGCCACAGACAACACAACACACCAUGCAGUAGAGCAUGAGAUCACCUACCCCUCCCGCUUAAUUUACUACCUAAACGAGGACUCGGAGAGUACGUACCAUGACCUGGACACGAGAGUCAAGAACCAGGCCACAGAGGGCCAGACUAUCCACCUUGCCCAGGCCAGUUUCCAGUUAGAAGCAUUUGGUUCCAGAUUUGUCCUGGAUCUCAGGUUAAACAAUGGCUUGCUGUCUUCAGAUUAUGUCGAGAUCCAUUAUGAAGGGGGCAAACCCGUUCUUUCAAAGGGCGGUGAGCACUGUUACUACCAUGGCCAGGUGAGAGGGAACGAUAAUUCCCAUGUGGCCUUAUCUACGUGCAACGGGCUGCACGGGAUGUUUGACGAUGGAGUCUAUGUCUAUCUAAUCGAGCCUUUAGAACAGACUCAUUCAAUCGAUACAGCUGCAAGGCCACACAGACUAAGACGAGCAGCCUCCCUUCAUUGGAACAAUGAUCCAGAGGAACAGGUGGAGGAGGGGCAGCUCUUCCCAGAGCUGGAUGACUUGUCCUGGCUGAAGCGCAGGAAAAAGAGAGCUAUGCCUCGCAAUGUGUUCGAGGAGACGAAAUAUUUAGAGAUCAUGAUUGUCAGCGAUCACAGUAUGUACAAACGACACAGGACGAAGCAGCACACGAGGAAUUUUGCAAAGUCAGUGGUGAACCUCGUGGAUGCUAUCUUCAAAGAGCAGCUACAUACACGCGUGGUGCUCGUUGCUGUGGAGAUCUGGACGGACAAGGAUCAGAUCCCCGUCAGUGUGAGGCCGCUGGAAAUGCUGCGAGACUUCGCCAAGUACCGGCAGCAGAGCAUCAAGCAGCACGCAGACUCAGUUCACCUCUUCUCAAACGUGACCUUCCAUUAUCGCAGAAGCAGCGCAGCGUACUUCGGGGGCACGUGCUCUCUGAGCCGCGGGGUCGGAGUCAAUGAGUACGGCACCACCGGGUCCAUGGCCGUGUCUCUGUGCCAAAGUCUGUCACAGAAUCUUGGAAUCCAGUGGGACCCAGCAUCUAAGAGAAAGGAAUGUGGUUGUUCGGACCCAUGGACUGGCUGCAUAAUGGAGGACACUGGGGUCCAACAUCCACGGAGAUUCUCCAAAUGCAGCAUCUCGGACUACAAGGAGUUCCUCCUGAAAGGUGGCGGCUCUUGUCUGUUUAACAGGCCAACCAAGCUGUUCGAGACAACCGAGUGCGGGAAUGGAUUUGUAGAAGUGGGAGAGGAGUGUGACUGCGGAGGCAGAGCUGAGUGCUACAAGGAAUGCUGCAAGAAAUGUUCCCUUGCCAACGGGGCACACUGCAGCGAUGGCCCGUGCUGCAAUAACACAUGUUUGUUCUAUCCCCGAGGUUACAGUUGUCGCUACGCUGUGAACGACUGUGAUAUCUCAGAGACCUGCUCUGGAGACUCCGGACAGUGCCCUCCCAACCUUCAUAAACAAGAUGGCUACCAGUGCCAGAUGGACCAGGGUCGCUGCUACAGUGGAGAGUGCAAGACCAGAGAGAGCCAGUGUAAAUACAUCUGGGGGUCAAAGGCUGGAGGUUCAGUGAAGUUCUGCUAUGAGAAGCUCAACACAGAAGGCACAGAGAAGGGCAACUGCGGAAGAGACGGAGAGAAGUGGGUCCAGUGUAGCAAACACGACGUUUUCUGUGGUUACCUUUUGUGUACCAACACUGGCCGUAAUCCACGUAUUGGAGUAAUAAAAGGAGAGAUAACUACCACCUUCUUCAACUAUAAAAAUGGACAGAUAGAUUGCAGUGGUGGCCAUGUCCUCCUGGACGAUGACACCGAUUUAGGCUAUGUAGACGAUGGGACUCCCUGUGGGCCGUCAAUGAUGUGCCUUGACCGCAAGUGUCUGCCCAUCCAGUCACUCAACAUGAGCACCUGCCCCAGCGGACCUAAUGGUCAGGUGUGCUCUGCCCAUGGGGUGUGCAACAAUGAAGCCACAUGCACCUGUGACGCCACAUGGGCAGGGACAGACUGUAGCAUGCCUGACCCACCUAAAGAGCCUGAGGCCACUCAGGACGAAGGGCCCAAGGUGAGCGUGGCCACUAACAGGCUGAUAGGGGCAGUAGCAGGGACCAUUCUGGCCCUGGGGGUGAUUUUUGGAGGCACAGGGUGGGGAAUAGAAAAUGUGAAGAAACGGCGAUACGACCCCAACGCCUCAGCCAUUUAACCCAGGGAGAGACGGCAAUCACCGAUGGACUCCUCCAAGGCUUCCUUAGUUGGCUACCUGACAGCUGGACUGCACUUAUUGCUGCUGAUCUUUUUGGCAUUAGAUUUACUUGAAAAAAGACAUAGUGGACAUUUUAACAAAUUCCAUUGUAGUUACAUAAGAAAUGCAACCUUUUCAGUAUCAUCUCACACAUAUACCAACCCCCACCACCCCACCCGCCCCGAUCUCUAGAGUCACAGUGCUCCUCUUCCAUAUUUUAGUGCCAGUGCACAGGCGUUCAGGCGGAAUCCACACCACUCUCUCACCUGGCAUGAUUAUCCACACCAAACGUGCUGCUUGCUGGCCCCCUGGCAUGAAGAGUCCUCCCUACAGGGCUCUGCAUGGCUCUCAAAGCUAUACUAUACUGCAAAAGCAUACACACAGGGAAAAAAAAAAAGACUUAUCCAGUAGAGGAGAUAGCCUCGUUAAAAAACCAAACCCAGCGGAAAACAGGUUGAACCUCCUUUAGUUCACUCAAAGGUGCUGCAUGUGAGUUAUCCAUAGAGGCAGUGCAGACCACACAGUGAAUGCACACACACACACACUCGCGCGCGCACACACACAAAAAUGUACAUAAAUAAGGAGUUCAUAUUUAGAAUUAUCAGCAUAUUUUAAAAGAACAUCCGUUUGCUUUUGUUUUUUAUCUUCGCAUGUUGAAUCGCAGGUGUUUUUGGCAAUGUUACUCAAACAAACAAACAAAAAAAAUACAGUUACGAUUUGGGCCUAAAUUGAAGUCGCACACUGCACAUCGCCUGCUGCGAUUGCUUCAAGGUUUAGAUUGACUUAAAAGCAGUUGUGAUGUCCAGGAGAAGCAUGUCAGUUCUAGAGGGAUUUAGACUGAGGUCGUGUCAGCCUAACAUCACCAGG